CAGCACAGCAACAGCAAGAGGAUAAAGAACAUUAGACACUAAAGCACAAUGAACAGCAAAGUUGCUCUAAUGGUCCUCACUUUCUUCGUACUCUAUAUGGCUUCCACACAAGUUGCAUCUCUCAGAAGCCUAGGAGUGAAACUGCGUUGCCAGUGCAUCAACACAAACACUCGUUUUAUCCAUCCAAAGCGCCUGGGGAAUAUUCAAAUUGUUCCAAGUGGUGCCCAUUGUGGGAAAGUAGAGAUCAUUGCCACCUUCAGAAGUGGUAACCAAGUCUGUUUGAACUCUGAUGCCUGGUGGGUGCAGAAAAUAAUUGAAAAGUUGAUCAAAAGUUCCAAGGGGACAGAUGAAGUUCACUGAGGAAAAACUCAAUGUCUGAAUGUUAAAAGCCUGAAGCUGACUGUAUCAGGGAUUCUGUACUGGAUCACAAACUCAUAUCUGCUUAUCACUUUGUUCAAGCUUGUUGUAGG